ACAUACGUGCACUUUAUCUUCCUGAAGACCUCCUCUUCCAAGUCUCCUCAUAACUGAAAAUACUGCAAUUUAGCUCAUCAUCUCAGCCAUCACUCCCUUAGUUCAUCCUAAUUAAGCCUAAUUACACAUGAGGCAGCCAUCAAAACAAAAGCUACUGUUCCUUUAAAUCUUCACCCCUUUUUAAUUUUUUGGAGGGGGGGGAUACAUGAGCAUAAAAUAAUAAUAAUUUUUUUAAAAAGCAGGCGAGACCACACUCUCACAAACACACACACUAUCACGCAAACCGACACUCCCCUUCUAAACAAGCACCAGCAAAAGACUGACUUACUGACCAGUGCUGUCCAGCCGCCUGAAGCAGAGAGCCUGCUGUGUGGAUGUGUGUAGCCCUCUGGACUUGGUGGGAGGGGGAGAAGUUUCCCCAAAAGACAAGCUUGGAUCACUGAAAGAGACGAUGCCUUCCUCCUCUAGCCCAGUCUCACAAGCUGCUCAGUGGAUUUGCUGAUUUCCGAAAUUAUUUUUUGCAAGUUAUUCAACGGGACUGAGGAGAGAUUUUGAGCCAGAGGAUGCUCCCACAGGUCAUUCGGAUUUUGUAUGUCUUGUCUUUCUGCUUUUUCCAAGGAGGCUUUAUCAGGAUGUCUCAGUUCCUAAAAUGCAUCUCGAGGAGAGAGGAGCGAGGAGAGAGGAGGAGCUAUGAGCGAGGAUGCACAGGCGAGGAAAGGAAUCAAGGAUGUACAAACUGAGAAAUGGGGACAGGGACUGAGCUCCUGUAAGGAGGAGAUAAAGCCCCCCGGCAGGGUAGGACCACAGCUGUCGCCUUCUGACUUCCUGGACAAGCUCAUGGGGAAAACAUCAGGAUAUGAUGCCCGCAUCAGACCCAACUUCAAAGGUCCUCCUGUGAAUGUCACCUGUAAUAUUUUCAUCAACAGCUUUGGGUCCAUCACAGAAACUACAAUGGACUACAGGCUCAAUGUAUUUCUACGGCAAAACUGGAAUGACCCUCGUCUGGCGUACAGCGAAUAUCCAGAUGACUCCCUUGAUCUGGAUCCAUCCAUGUUGGACUCCAUCUGGAAACCUGAUUUAUUCUUUGCAAAUGAGAAAGGGGCAAAUUUCCACGAGGUCACCACUGAUAACAAGCUGCUACGGAUUUUCCAAGAUGGCAGCGUUCUGUACAGCAUCAGGCUGACUCUUACCCUGUCCUGCCCUAUGGACUUGAAGAAUUUCCCAAUGGACAUUCAGACCUGUACCAUGCAGCUUGAAAGCUUUGGUUACACCAUGAAUGACUUGAUCUUUGAGUGGCUGUCUGAGAACCCCGUUCAGGUGGCUGAUGAUCUCACCCUCCCCCAGUUUGUGCUAAAAGAGGAGAAGGAUUUGGGCUACUGCACUAAGCAUUACAACACAGGUAAAUUCACCUGCAUUGAGGUGAAGUUCCACCUGGAACGUCAGAUGGGCUACUACUUGAUCCAGAUGUACAUCCCUUCCCUCCUCAUCGUCAUCCUCUCAUGGGUGUCUUUCUGGAUAAACAUGGAUGCUGCACCAGCCAGAGUGGGUCUGGGCAUUACCACUGUACUGACGAUGACCACACAGAGCUCUGGUUCAAGAGCCUCACUGCCCAAGGUGUCCUAUGUGAAGGCCAUUGACAUUUGGAUGGCGGUUUGCCUUCUGUUUGUGUUUGCUGCCCUGCUGGAGUAUGCAGCAGUUAACUUUGUCUCGAGGCAACACAAGGAGUUCAUCAGGCUGAGGAAAAAGCAGCGGCAGCAAAGAAUAGUGUUUGCCAGUCAACCUGGGAGUUUUGAGUCGUUGAGGAAAGCGAAUGACAUCCCUGGUAACAACUCAACCUACAGGAAUCUGAAUCAGCACUGCAGCGCCUGUGCCAGGGAGGAGGAACUGGUGAGGGAGAGCCGUGGUUUUUACUUCCGGGGUUAUGGACUGGGUCACACCCUACAGAUCAAGGAUGCUACCGCUGUGGAAGGGGCAACUGUGUUCACCCCCCCACCUCCAGUUUCCAUAUACAACGGAGAGGUACUUCACAAGCGUUUUGUGGACCGGGCCAAGCGCAUUGACACCAUAUCCAGAGCCUUCUUUCCCUUGAGCUUCCUCAUAUUCAACAUCUUCUACUGGAUCACCUAUAAAGUGCUGCGACACGAGGACAUCCAUGCAAAUUUGUAAAAACACUCUCUCCAACCCCAGUUGCUACAUUUUAGGUUUUUUCUCAGAGCCAAAACUGCCUGUCAGUCUACAUUACAAUAUAGAAAUGUGUCAAGAAGCAUAUCUGCUUCUAAAAACCAUUGCUAAAAACUUUGUGCUCAGGUGCGUCUUCAGGAUCUCAGAUGAAGAGUGAUUAAGCCGAAAGACAAGGUUAAGCUACGUGGAUUCAGGCUGGUGUUGUUUGGGAUUGCCCUCUCGUUUCUGUCUAGGUUUGAUUCAUCUGGAUUACAACAGAGACAGAACACUGCUGGUACUUGUGGGUUUAUGACUUUUGUUUGAAAUGAUAAGAGUUCAGAGAAGUUGAUGUUGAUCCUGGCUGGAUGAGACACUGACUUGAAUUUUGACACUAGGUAUCUUUGAAUGAAUGUUUUUGAAAAUUCAAAAAUA